CAAACUCACAGUACUGGUACUGGUAAUAUAAACCAAAUCCCAAGGGGAGAUUCUAGCAACAGCUCCGACAGAAGCAAUUUAGACACAGAUAUACAAAGAUGAGGGGCUCAUUACUGAUGCUCACCAUCACAUUUUGCGGAAUACAUUUCUCGCUGGGUGCAAAUGUUCUGGAAGACGCCGCUCAGAACUCAGAUCGCUUAGUACUUCAGCGACGGGAUGAAGAGCCACAAUAUCCAGAUGAUGCCUAUGAUUCAGGUGAGCAAGACCGAUGGCCAACACUUGAGGAGUUGUCAAAGUACUCAAGCAAAAGGCAACUGUCUCACAAAAGAGGGCAAGUACAAAGUCCUUACCCUGAACAAGAAGAAAGCCUUGGGGGAAGCGAGGGAAAGAUGACGUAUGGAAAACAUCCAUUAACAAUAAAGAAACUACUGAGCGGUCAGUUUAGCCCCGAAGAAGAGAAGGAACACAUUAUGAGAAGACAAAACUUGGAAAACAGCCUGUAUGACCUUCUCUCAUCAAAAAACAGGCCCGCACCAGACAGGAGAAGCAUGGACAAUCUUAGGGAUCUGUACGCAUCUGAUCUGCUGAAAAGACAUCGCAUGCCCAGAAGUCCAGACUACACCUCACUCAAGAACGAACCAAGCGAAGAUCAACGUGUAUCAGACCAGCUGGUGAAGGACAAAACCGACCAUGAACUGGUGAUAGGCUGAUGUUACUAAAAAAAUUACAGGCCCUUAACUAAACGUAAUAGAGGCCUGCAAUAUAUUGCAUGGCAGUUGUUUAGAAGUUUGCAACCAUUUUCAUAUAAGGACAGAUACUAAAGUAGAAUAUUAUGUUUGUUCCCUAGCUGAGUAUGACACUGUUAUUGUCCCUUGUAAUUCUUCAUUUUAGACUUAAGUACUGUAGGUUCCUUCUGUUCACAGGAGGGAUUUAUGAAGAUCACAGAACAAAAUGACUGCUCCCGUCACAGGGUUAUAUAACAGCCUGGGACUGUCGCAUGUGAUGUCACUCACUUAGAUUUAGCGGUUCUUUAAGGGUGUUGCAUAGAAUAACUUGUAAAACCUGCUUUGGGUUUCAAUUAUUAUGGCCCAUAUUUAUCAAGCUUUGGAGAGUGACAGAUUGCAUGAUGAUAAAGUACCAACCAAUCAGCUCCUGUAGCAUUGCAGUUAGGAGCUGCUUGGUUGGUACUUUAUCACCGUGCAAUUUGUCACUCUCCAAGGCUUGAUAAAUCUGGGCCAAUGGGGCAGAUGUAUUAACCUGGAGAAGGCAUAAGGAAGUGAUAAACCAGUGAUAAGUGCAAGGUGAUAGACGCACCAGCCAAUCAGCUCCCAUAUGUAAAUUAGCAGUUAGGAGCUGAUUGGCUGGUGCGUUAUCACCUUGCACAUAUCACCGCUUUAUCACUUCCUUAUGCCUUCUCCAGGUUAAUACAUCUGCCCCAAUGUUUGGUACCAUACAACGUGGUGGAUGUACUAAUGUUUCUAAAAAUGAAAAGUGGUGGUGUUGCCCGUAGCAACCAGUUUCUAGCUAUCAUUUCUCUAUUUCAUUCUAUAAAAUGAGAGACAAAAUCUUGUCUGUUUUAAAAGCUUUAGUAAAUCUACCCAAAUGAGUAUUUGUAGAACUACAGCAUAAAGCCGGGAAUUGUGCAAAGGACAAUUGUGAUGGGUGUGGUCAAUAGAUGUACAGUAAAAAAAAUACACAGUCAAAAUGUCGACAGGGUCAAAAGGUCAACAUGGAAAAGGUAGCUAUUAGAAAAGGUUGAUGGGCAACAUAAAUAAUGGUCUACAUGAAAAUGGCCGACACAAGUAUUUUUCCAUGUUUCACCGUAUCUGAGCAAAAUUAGUAGAAAUGUGUACCCUUAUGGGCUCACUUUGCUUGCCAUGCUUCGGUUAUUAUUCCCAAUUGUAGUCCACGUGGAUGCUGAAUGAUGAAAAAGCUGGGGGGGGAAAAAAGAAAAAUGUAAAGAAAAACUUGUCUUGACCAUAUCUAUGUUGACCAUUGUAGUGUUGACAUUUUGAACCUGUUGAUCUUUUCCAUGCCGACCAAUUGAGGUAAACCUAUUGACUGUCUUUCUUUUUACUGCAGAUCUAUCAACCAGCGGUUACCAUUGUGAAUUAUGAAGAUUUAAAAAAAACUGACCAGAGUUUAUACGAGCCCUCACUUAGAAAUCCCAUAUUACGAUUUUUCAAGACUUUAGUGUUUAAUUGAAAGGGGUUUAACUUGAUUUUAUACUCCACCUGUCUAAAUGACAGUGGGGGUCUAUGUAUUAAGCCUUGAAGAGAGAUAGCAUGGAGAGAGAUAAAGUACUCCUGUCAUGUUACAGGCUGGGUUUGAAAAAUGACAGGAGUUGAUUGGCUGGUACUUUAUCUCUGGCCACUUUACCUAUUUCCAAGGCUUAGUACAUAGGAGUCAUAGUGGUUAGCUAGAUGCUGUGUGAGAGAAAGAAAGUGUUCUGUGUCAUACAGGGUGGCAUUCGAUUGCUCGUGAUCCGCAUCAGUCAUGUGCCAUAUACUCUGCUACACAGAAUGAUAUGCCUAAUUAUAACCCGAGCCACAGUUUCUUAUGAAGGAUUCUUUACUGAACUAAUUCACUCUCUUGCUUCCAAAGGGGUGUCUUCAAAAUUGUGUCAGGAGUCAACAGAACCUCCAAAUUCCACACUGUCUUAUAAUAGCAUGCAGUCACAGAUAGAUGAAAUAUCUGUAGUUACCGCUACUGCUUAUAUAUCAGAUAUCCUAAUCUCUAAUAAAUAUGCAAAGUAAA